AUGACUAAAAGCAAACUUUAUAUAGGACAUCUUUCCUCAAGGACAGAAAAAAGAGAUCUAGAGGAGUUGUUUGAAAGAUAUGGAAAAGUUAUUAGUGUAGAUGUUAAACCUAUGGGCUACGGAUUUGUUGAAUUUGAAGAUCCACGUGAUGCCGAUGAUGCAGUAAAACAAUUAAAUGGUUAUGAAUUGGAUGGUGCAAGGAUCACCGUAGAAUGGUCACGUAGGUCUGGUGGACCUGGAAGUGGUUGCUUUUUAUGUGGUGGACAAGGUCAUUGGGCCAGAGAAUGUUCUGAUGCUAGGGAAAAAGGUAUGGAUGUUAGGAGUGGAAAGUGUUUUCGAUGUGGUGAAACAGGCCAUCUAGCAAAAUAUUGCAGAGGAGGUCGUGUUGGUGGUGAUUAUGAUCGUGGAAGUCAUUCUUCUAGAUACGGAAGAAAUCGAUCUUCCUAUCAUUCACAUGGUGACUCUUAUUAUGAUGAUCGUGAUCGUGAUAGAGAUCGUGAUCACAACCAAGAUUACGAUCAUGUCAGAGGUCGGGACCAAGAUCAUGAUUGUUAUAGCCGUCAUUCUAGAUCACCGCCACCUUAUGAUAGUCCUGAUAAUAACAAUGGCGGCUACAACAGAUCACCACCAAGAAAUCAAUCAAAAGGUUCAUAUAGACGCAGUUCAAGUCCUUAUGAUUAUGAUUAUAGAAGAAGUCUAAGUCCAUAUGG